AUGAUUAAUUGGGCUGCAAAUGAUGUAUGUCAAAAUGAACAUAAACUAUAAUGGGUCAAGAAGCAUAUUUAAAAAUGUAAUUAAUGUGGUCCAGUUGACACUAUGAGUAGAUAUGGAUGUGUUUAAUGCAAUAUAUAUUAUUGUGUUAAAUGUAGACAACCUCCUGUAAUGGGUGAAUUUUGUGGUGGUGGACACGAGUAUAUAUUAUCAAUAAUAGAUUGAAAUAUGUUCCUAAUUUAAAAUAUCAUUCUUGCGAUGUGUGUAGAACUUCGAUAAUAGGUGGAGCAUAUAGAUGUUAAGAAUGUGAUUAUGAU